AUGACCGCUCAAGUUUCUUCAAUGACUAACCUUCUCAAGAACAUGAGUUUGGGGGAAAUGGUACAACCAACUGCUAUGGGACAAGUUGCCAAUGUAUCUUGUAUUUAUUGUGGAGAUGGUCAUGCAUUUGAAAGUUGUCCUUCGAAUCCCGCUUCAGUUUGUUAUGUGGGGAAUCAAAAUGCCAACCGAAAUAACCCAUAUUCGAACUCUUACAAUCCGGGGUGGAGGCAGCAUCCAAACUUCUCAUGGGGGAGUCAAGGAGCUAGCUCAAGCGGAGCACCAAUGCAAAACAAGACCACAUAUCCACCGAGGUUUUCUCAACAACAACAAAGAGCUCAACCACCUCCUCCACAAGUGUCUCAAUCAAGCUCUUUGGAGAGUGUAAUGAAGGAAUACAUGGCCAAGAACAAUGAUGUGAUUCAGAGUCAAGCGACAUCCUUGAGGAAUCUAGAAACUCAAUUGGGGCAGCUUGCUAAUGAGCUACGGAAUAGACCACAAGGCACCUUGCCUAGUGUUACAGAAAAUCCAAGGAAAGAUGGCAAGGAGCAUUGCAAGGCGGUUACCUUGAGGAGUGGUAAAAAUGUGGAAUUGACUGAGGAUAAUUGUACUAGAAACAGCGAGCCCACUUCAAUCCAAAGUAGUGUGGACAAAGGAGACAAAACUGUGAAAUCAAAAAUUUUAAAUGAUGAUCCUGUAGCAAUUGCUGCAACAAUCCCUCCGCAAAAUGCUACAGGAAAGCCUAUAAAUAUUUUAACUAAAAAGAGGAGGCUUGAUGAAUUUGAAACAGUGGCGUUGACUGAAGGUUGUAGUGCUAUAUUGAAGAGUAAAAUUCCUCCUAAAUUGAAGGAUCUGGGCAGCUUCACAAUUCCUUGUUCUAUUGGUGGUAGAGAUGUUGGUAGAGCACUUUGUGACUUGGGGGCUAGUAUCAAUUUGAUGCCCAUGUCAAUUUUCAGGAAGUUGGGGAUUGGAGAAGCAAGACCAACCACAGUCACUUUGCAAUUAGCGGAUCGUUCUAUGGCACACCCGGAAGGAAAAAUUGAAGAUGUACUUGUGCAAGUUGAUAAAUUCAUUUUUCCGGCUAAUUUCAUCAUCCUUGAUUAUGAAGCGGAUAGAGAUGUUCCUAUUAUCUUGGGUAGGCCAUUUCUAGCUACCGGGAGGACCUUGAUUGAUGUACAAAAUGGGGAGCUUGCUUUGAGGGUGAAUGACCAACAAGUAACUUUCAACGUGUUCAAUGCUAUAAAGUUUCCGGAUGUGGUUGAGGAAUGCUCUAGGCUAAGUGUAAUUGAGUCUAUUGUCACUGAAAAAUUCCAUAAGGAAGCUUGUAAAGAUGGAGUGGGGGUGAGGAGGCCUUUUGAGUCAUUGAACUUGUCGGAAGGGAAUUUUAAGCCUCCUAAGCCUUCUAUUCUAGAGCCACCAAAAUUAGAGUUGAAGCCUUUGCCUAGUCACUUGAAGUAUGCUUAUUUGAGAGAUAAUGAUACCUUGCCUGUGAUUAUUUCAGCCAUGUUAGGAGCUAAAAAAGAGAGUUUGUUGCUGGCUGUUUUGAAGAAAUACACAAGGGCCAUUAGUUGGACUAUGGCGGAUAUCAAGGGGAUAAGUCCCUCAUUUUGUAUGCAUAAAAUUCUGUUGGAGGAUUGCUGUAAUAAUUCUGUUGAGCAGCAGCGAAGGCUUAAUCCUAUCAUGAAGGAGGUGGUUAGAAAAGAGAUAAUUAAGUGGCUUGAUUAUGGAAUUGUUUACCCAAUUUCAGAUAGUUCUUGGGUCAGCCCAAUUUAA